AAAUGUCAAAGUCUCGUUGGUAAAGAAGAAAACAACUAAUAUGUCUACGUUUUUAUUUUUGUGUGGGUUGAAUAGUUUUUAGUUUUAUUAUAAAAUAAUUUUGUUUACCCCAUUAACGCCACAAUUAUGUUCAAAGUAUAGAAAAUAUUCGAGCGUACUGCAUUCACCUCUAUCGCGACCUUCCCGACGACCGGACGACGGUUCUUUUGCUGGGAGUGACUAGAAUACCGACGUCUCCGGCACCGAAUCGCCGGCCCUACUCCCUGCCUCCGGACGUUCUCGAUAAAAUCGACGCUUCCGGCGAUCCCUUUAGGCAAAAAACCCGUCCCAAUUCCAUCGUAGAUGAGAGAAAAAUCAAACGAUUCUCGUUGAAAAGGUGCGGCGGCGGUGGUGGUGGUGGUGGAGGCGGCAGCGGGGGCGAUAGAAGGUUCCAGGUUGAGGCGUCGAGCGUCGUCGAAAUACCGGGUGACGUCGAGACGGCGAUGAUCGCCAAGAGAACGGCGACGUCGAAAUGCGGCGUCGAUGACGUCGUCGCGACGCCGGUGGACGUCAUGGAGAGGUCCGUCGAUUCGAUAGGAACGUGCUCGUUGGACGCGGACGCUUCUUUAGAUAUAUCAGAUAACUCCGAACCGUCAUCGGCCGGUACUCUCAGAAGCGUCAGCAUAUUAUCCCAUUCACCGGAACAUCAUCUACCAUCCUAUUUGAGCCUCGCUUGCACGGUGAACGGUUAUUCGACCACCACUCACUACGAUCCCAUCCGGCUCGCCUCCAGAUCCAGGGAUAUAUCACCUCAUCGGCUGGACGCCGAUCACCACCAUCUCGCCAAUUUCACCAUACAGAACAACCUGAUAUCUCCUCCAAAUCUAGUACCGAUGCCGAACCUGAAAGUGGACAACACCAUAGCGCAGAACCGCAGCGAUUUCUACAGUUCGAUGGAAACCACCAAGUACAUCAGCGAGCAAUCGUUCACUACUAAUCUGUUCAUGAGUAAAGACACGACGGAUUGCUCGGAGAACGGCCGGCGCGUCGUCAAAACCACCAUCAUCAACGGGCAAAGUCAAACGAAACGCCGAAGUGAAACCACCGGUUCGGAACAAACCAAAUCGUUUAUACAGCAGCGCGUGGAGCGCCUCUACGGACCCGGCGCUCUAGCCCAAGGGUUCUUCGUGACGAAGCCGAACCAGCGUUGGGAGGCGAUCGUGGCGAAGGAGGAGCAGCAUUCGCGGUCGUUCGGCGACGUCGAGGCGGAGCUGGCGAUGAAGCAGAGCUCCAGCAGCCCCACGUUGCCGGUUUUGAGGCACCUCAGGCCGGAGUUUCGCGCCCAAUUGCCCGCCAUCAGUCCCAGGAAAGGCCAAUUCGACUGCGCCAUCCAGAAGAGCUGCACCGUUCCCGAGAUCAAAGUCAACGAGAGCAUUGAAGAGAAAGUAGUUAGUCCUAAGUUUACCGAAAAGGAAAUUAUUGGCGAAAAAGGUGGUGAGUACUUCCUACGAAUCGUCGAAGACCAAUCGAAGAGACUGCUAGAAAUGGCUGGUGAUAUAGAAAGCGACAUUUCCACGCCGGAUCUACCGGAAGAAAUCGUGGGGAAACUAAGAUCGGCUUCGGGGAAGGCGAGAUUAUUAGUAUCGCAGAAAAUGCAACAGUUCAAAGGACUCUGCACCAACAACAUCACUCAAUCGGCGAACGAGAGUUACCCCAUAACGAACGAGGACCUGCAGGGGUUCUGGGACAUGGUGAUGCUGCAGGUGGAUCAAGUGGAUGAUUUGUUCAAGGAAAUCGCGGCGUUGAGGAGCAACGGGUGGCGGGAGCCGGUUAAAAUCGCCGCGAAAGCUUCGAAUGGUUCUGCUAAAGCGAAGAAACCGGCUGGGAAAGUGAAGAGCAGCGCUGGGAACGAAGAGGCGAGGAAGCAGAGGGAAGAGGCGAGGAGGAGGUUGAUCGAAGAGAAGCGAAAGUCGAUGAAAUCGGCGCAACAGAACGAACCGACUAUUGAAAUUUUCGUGCCCGAAAACGCCAGCUGAGGAUUUGUUGUUUUAUUGAUUUUUUUCGUUUACUGAUAAAUUGCGUAUUUUAAUUGUCUAAAUUGUCGGAUAGGUUUUUUUUGUAUGAUUCAAAUUGCAAGGUGAUAGGAGAGUCUCUUGCGUGUUUACCGCGAUCGAUUUAUUGUAUUUAUCUUUUUUUUAUCUGUUUAUAUAUGUAUGUAUUAAUACGCUUAACUUCUACAAUAUUAUAUGUAUAUUACCUUGCUUGUAUAUUUAUUAGAAUGUUUGAUGUUACAUUUCCUCGGAAGUGGUUUAAAUAAUAUGAAAUUUAAAGUCCUCAUUACAUUGUUUUUAAAGUGAUUUUGUUCGAAAUUUUAUGUAAUAUUGCGGAAUUUUAACUGCUUUGUAUUGUAAUUUCACCAUUUUAAAUCGAUAACUAUUCUACAUAUUUAAAUAAAUCGUUGCAAUCUUUUAGUUUCUAACGGAAACAUUAGAUCAGUAAUAAUUGUAAAUUAUAUUUAUAAUAUUGUAAAAGUGAAUAUAAUUUAAUUUAUUGUGUACAUUAUUUUGCGGUUAUUGUUGGUGAUACUUGCGGUUUUUAUCAAUGUAAUAUGUGCCUUUUUUCAUCGCAAAAAUAAGACAUUGUUAUUCGAUAUAAUGCAUUUUUUAAUUAGAAAAUAGAAAAUAUCAAAAACGGUGCAAUAUAUUGCAGCGAUUUAUUGCACUUUAUAUUGCAAUUUAUUGUUGCACCGUGUGAAAACGCUCUUAUAUAACAAUUAUUAAUGUUUCUAACAUUUUAAAUCCAAAAAAGACUGAAUUUCACAAAAAAAAAUCGUAUCGAUUACCAACAACACCCGAUGUUUGUGCAGAACUAUUGAAAAAAAAAGUGAUAAUUGUGAUGAUGAAGUUUUCGAAAUUAUCUUCUCUCGCCGGAUUGCAUCAUGCUCUAUUAGAAUUUAAGAUGAAAAGUUUAAUAUGUACGAAUAAUUAUUUAUUGCACAGAUACACGUGUAUAUCGAUUAUUUAUUAUGUUUAUUUCAUUAAAUGG